AUGGCAAAGAUUGAAACAAUGUAUUCCUUACUGUUAUCACUAGUGGUAUUUGCGUAUAGUGCACAUGCGAAUGAAAGUUUAGUAGAUGCAGAUGGUAAUUUCGAGCAUGAUAUAAAACUAACACCGGAACAGCUUGCCAUGAUAGAAGAAGAUAUAACAGCCCAGAACAGUGGUGUUGAAGCUAGAAAGGCUCAUGGUGAUAUUGCGACACGUUGGCCAGGUGGCGUUAUUCCCUAUGAUAUUUCGUCUUCAAGCCAAGAUGACAUUACUGAAAUACAAAAUGCGCUUUCCUACUGGGAGAGACUCACGUGCCUUCAGUUCCCGCAAUAUGACCCAGCAAACCCAGAACACUCAGCGAGAAUACAGUUUAUAAAAGGAGUCGGAUGCUGGUCUAUGGUUGGAUGUGUUGGUAACGGAGCUCAAAAUAUUUCGAUAGGAACCGGUUGUGCAAGUAAAGGAAUUAUUGUACAUGAAGUUGGUCAUGCAAUAGGAUUAUUGCAUGAGCAAAGCCGUCCGGAUAGAGAUAAUUAUGUUAUAAUAAACGAGGAAAAUAUUAUACCUGAUGAAUUCAGUGUCAAUGGUCUGAACACAAUAGAUGCAAUUAACGGGGAUGAUCAAUCAAAAAUGGGUAAUCGUGAUUACCUUACCGAAGCUGAUAUUGAGAUAGUUAAUAUCAUGUACAGUUGUCCAUUGAAAUGCAAUAACGAAUGCAAAUGGAAUGCCGAUGGUAUGUGUGACGAUGGGGGCUCUAACUCUAUGUUCAACGUAUGUGAUUAUGGUAGCGACUGCAACGACUGUGGAGUUAGAGAUGAUGCGAUCUGUGACACACUGUGUAACUACAAUGAUGAUGGUGAAUGUGAUGAUGGUGGUCCAAAUUCAGAUUGGAAUGUAUGUCCAUUUGGAUCUGACUGUAUAGAUUGUGGAAUCAGAGUUGGGGCGACAAAACGAUCUCUGGAGCAAUAA